AUGCUUGCUGCAAUGCUGGCGGACUCGAGGAAUACUUUGCCGACGGGCACACUCCACGAAUGUCUGGCGUGUGGCCCUCUGGCAACCACGCUCUCCCAGGUCAGCGUCAGCCUUUCAAGCGGCACCGCUGCUGCGCUAAGUGCUGCGCGAGAGGAGGUGGAUCAGCAGCUGUCAGGGAGCUCUCUUACAAGCAUCCAGAACUCCAUGACUAGUGCCACAGCGCCACUGGUGGAACUGAAGCAGACUAUCAAGUCCUCCUUCACCCCCUUCGUCAGCGACACCCUCAUGGAGCAGCUGUCGGAGGGCCUGAACAGCAACGGGACGAUUGCCAGCGUCGCCAUGAUAGGACUGGCUGGUGUGCUCGCACUCUUUGCAAUGUGGACAACUGUCAUGUGGAUCUGCUGCGAGAAGUCGUCAAAUCCAGAAAAUGAUGAUGGAAAGCGCCACAACAAGUGCGUGCACCGCCUCGCCUGCUGCACUUGGUGCUGCGGCUGCUACUACAUCAUGCUGGGAUUUUUGUUGGGUGGAAUAUUGCUGGUAGUGGCAGUGCCACUCUCCUCCAUGUGCUUGAUCAUGGAGGACAUCACCAGCAGCAUGCUGAAAGACAUUGCUGGUGCUAUGGAACUGAAUAUCUCGGGCGCUGAAGGCGAUAUGCUGGGCUCCAUGAUCGACCAAUGCCUGCGCAACUCCUCCAGCAACCCGCGGCUGCUGGACCUGAUCACCGUGGAAGAGAAUGGCCAGCAAGUUACCAUGUAUGACAAGCUAGUCACCCAAACCAAGGAGCAGAUCGCUACACAGUUCAAUCAGAUUUCAUCUUCCAUAGACACUGGCGGUGCCAGCAUUAGCGGAUCGUCGGAGGUGACCCAGCUCUUGCAAAUGCUGCAAGAUGUUCCUUUGGACACCAUGAUGUUUCCUUUGGCUUCUUAUGGCUGGGAUUCAGACUCGGACUACCAGGCUAUGCUGGCCAGCAGCACCACGCAGGAGUACAUCACCUCCUCAAGCUCUUGUGGCGACAGCACGGUGCCCACCGGCUACAGCCUCCCAGAAGAGGGCACCACGAAGAGAAGGGCAUCACUUCCUUGGUGA